UCUCUCUCCCAGUUCAGAUCACUGGUUUUGGUGCUGGUUUUAGCCCUCACUGUGAGGAGCUCACCCCACAGAAAGGCUGGUGCCUCUGCAAGGCUGAACGAAGGUUGCCUGAACCAAAAGGAUCCCAAAUUCCCCACAACAGUGAACGUUGACAUUCAGAUCAGCAACUCAGAUCAUGCCUUUGGGAUGGUCCAUGAUGUCAGGAACAGGUCUCUUGCUCCCUGGGAUUACAGGCUGGACGAGGAUCCCGACCGCUUCCCGCGGGUGAUUGCCGACGCCCGGUGCCGCCUGUCGGGCUGUGUGAGCCCCCAGGGGCAGGAGGACCACGGCCUCAACUCGGUGCCCAUCAGGCAGGAGAUCCUGGUGCUGCGGCGGGAGCGGCGCGGCUGCGUCCCCUCCUACCGCCUGGAGAAGAGGAUCGUCACCGUGGGCUGCACCUGCGUCACCCCCGUCAUCCAGCACCAGUCCUAGCAGCAGGCCACGUAGGGAGGAGGAAGUAUUUCCCAUAAAAAUCCCUCUGGUGAAAUCCCACAGCUGCCCGCCUCGCACUCCGGGAACUCAACGCAUCAUUCCCCUUCCAAAUCUGAGCAAAUUGUCUCGUCAAAGUCACGAUUCUUGCUGUUGUUCAUUUAUGGAUUUCAGGAUGGAGAUCGUUGGUAGCUGAUGGUGGAAGGGAGGAAGAGUUUUGUUUGUGGACCCAAGCAGUGCUUUUUAAAAAUUUAUUUUCCAUUGUGGUUUAUAUCAGUUUGGUGAACCAAAUUAAUUAUAGUUUCUGAAGUUGUUCUUGGCAGUAAAUUGCCCUAAUUGAAUACAUGCCCACCAGCACUACCACAAAAACUUCCUCAUCCUGCAUCUUCUCCCUCCUCAUCUCUAUCCCAUUUCCCUUCUCUGGCCAUCCCUGCUCACUGGGAUGUCAGUCAGACAUUGGUGCCACCAGGCCUGGUUGUCACCACAGUCUGGGUUUAUGUCACUGCUGCAAUUGAUUUACUGCAAAACAUUUUGGGAGGCAACUGAUUCCACUUGUUGAGUGCUAAAAUGGUAAAGAACCAACAGAUAUCUAUAUUUCUAUUUAUGUCUUCUAUUUAUGGCUCUGUGUGUGCUCAGAGUAGAAAAAAAAUAUUGAUAAAUUUAAUCUGUAUUUAUUCAAUAACUUAUCUGCUGAAUAAAAAUAAUAUUUUAUUUUAAAAAA